UCCCCCGUUAUAUACAGCCAGUCAUACACCCGUACAACUCUGCUGCACUACUCUGUAAGAGGUAGUUUAAGCGCCAUGCUGUCAUGCAGCUACUUCACGCUUACUCGAAAGUCACAAGAUAAACUCCUUGUCCAUUAAACGGGGAGCUCCUGCAACAGGCCGCCACCCCGGCGAUAGGAGGCCAAUCCCUUAUCAAGAUCAAGGGUGAUGGGGCAGUUGCCGUCAUGGGUGGAAAAGAAUCCGCAAGCUGUUUUGUCAGCUUGGGGCGCUCUAGCCAAAAGCUCUCUCCGCUGCAGCAGAGGGGACCGGCGGGUAGCCAGGAGUCUUCGGACUACAGUAGCCCGGACGGCAAAAUUGGCCAGGUGGGGUGGGUUGGGAUGGAGGAGCCCCAAAGGUCUGCAAUCGAUGAUGAUCUAUCUCGGAUGCAUGGAGAAGCUAUUUAUCCGGUGACGAUCCCAAGACGGUUUAGUGUCCCGUAGGCGGUCUGCAACUCUUCCCCAUCACGGGACUUCGGCUUGCCCUGGGGUGGUCCGGCUCGCUAAGCGUCCCGUUUGGGGUUAGGGCGAGCCGCACCGAACACACCUCGCAAUUUGUGAGCCUUGUGCGUUGUCCCGUUACCCUAUCGAAGCGACGACAACCACGACAACCCGGACGACUUUUGCGGGUCAUACCUCCCUUCCUUCGACUUUUUGCGUUGCCCGCUGCUGCUCAGAGAAACGCCGUCAGAAUGCCUUCGGAACAAGG